UUAUUAUUUAAUUUUUUAACCCUGAUAAAUUUACAUCACAGAUAUUUUAGGAAAUAUUUAACCAUGAAAAUGAAAUAGUAUUGCGUAAUAAUUGUUUGAAAGUAUGUUGGCGUGAUAAAGAUAUGUUAUUGAAUUUGUAAUAAGUGUAUCUGUAAUCUUGUCGUAAGUGUAAAACCGGUUUGACUACUUUAGGAUCGCUCAACUAUGCUACUAUAUUUUCAUCUAAAAUCAGUUAUCUGUCUGCUGCAUCCAGGUCCACAGUAGUAAAUAAUUCUGCAUGUAAAAUAUGUAUAGAAAUUUAAAAAUUUUUAAAUUUCAAGAUGUCAAACGGAAUAUCGAUCGGAAAACCAGCUCUUUAGUUGCUUGCGUUGAGCCUGAAUUAGCAGCUAUAGUCAAAGCUGGUACAUGGAAAAACGAGCGCAUAAUUGCCUCGCCUCAAAGAACGGAGAUCACACUUUCAAAUGGAAAGAAAGCGCUUAAUUUUUGUGCCAACAAUUACCUAGGUCUAGCGGAUAACAAGGACGUUAUUAACGCAGCAAAGAAUGCGCUGGAUAAAUAUGGUGCAGGUUUGGGUUCCGUGAGAUUUAUAUGCGGAACGCAAGACAUACACGUUGAAUUGGAAAAGAAGAUCGCAAAGUUUCACAACAGAGAGGACACAAUACUCUACGCGUCCUGCUUCGAUGCGAAUGCUGGUAUCUUUGAAACUCUGUUGACUGCCGACGAUGUGGUGUUGAGCGAUGAGCUAAACCAUGCGUCUAUCAUCGAUGGAAUACGAUUGUGCAAAGCGAAGAAAUAUAGGUACAAACACAGAGACAUGAUGGAUUUGGAAAAUAAACUUCAAGAAAGCGAGUCGGCUCGUUUGCGCCUUAUUGCAACUGACGGAGUAUUUUCUAUGGAUGGUACCGUUGCACCGUUAUCGAAGAUAAUCGACCUUGCUAAGAAGUAUGACGCUAUUACGUUCGUAGACGAUUGCCAUGCCACUGGAUUUUUUGGCAAAACCGGCAGAGGUACAGAAGAGUAUUUUGAUCGUCUAGGAAACAUUGACAUCAUUAAUUCUACGUUAGGAAAGGCUCUUGGAGGAGCGGCUGGUGGCUACACGACUAGCAAGAAAGAGAUUAUAAGUUUGCUAAGGCAAAGAAGUAGACCGUAUUUGUUCUCAAAUUCAAUGCCUCCGUCUGUUGUCGCAUCAGCAAUUAAGGUGAUGGAUCUUAUAACGAAUAGCACAAAGUUUUUGGAUCGUUUAGCAGGCAAUACCGAGCGUUUCAGGACUGCGAUGACCACGGUUGGCUUCACUAUCAGUGGCGAUAACCAUCCUAUCUGUCCUGUUAUGCUCGGUGAUGCAAAACUAGCAACAACAUUUGCAGAUAAAAUGAUGGAAAAAGGAAUUUAUGUCAUUGGAUUUAGCUAUCCUGUAGUGCCGAAAGAUAAAGCAAGAAUACGUGUUCAGAUUAGCGCAGCGCACUCGACUGAUGAAAUAGAUCGUGCUAUAAAUGCUUUCAUACAAAUUGGAAAAGAACUUACAGUAAUUUAAUAAAUACAUUUUUGAUUACAAAAAUUGAAUAAUUGAUUCUGUCUCCAAUAUGUAUAUUCUACUUCAUUAAUUUCAUUAUAUAAAUAAGUGAAUUGUAUUCUUAACGCUAUAUAUUUAAGCUGUUUGUAUUAUACAAAUUAAAUACAAAUAAAUUGUAAAUACCCAGACAGUACAGUAAAUACGUUUUAAAAAACAUAUUUAAAAUGUACAUUUUAUAUAUUUUGGACAUGUUAAAAACGUACAGAUUAGACCCAUGGAAAUUUUAAACACAUUUUAAAAACAUCCAAUGUUAUUGUUUUAAACUUUUUAAAAACGUUUAUUUUAGAACGCAAUGAACUAAAACUAGAUUAAAUUAAUGCAUUAAAUAAAGUCAAAUAAACCAAGUAGCUAGCCUAAUGAUGUUACUGUGUGACACGAAUUUUAGACCACAAUCUAAAAAAAAUAAUUCUUAUAGAUUUUGAUCAUUUAAAACGAUUCCGUAAAUGAAAUUGUUCUAUCACAUCAUAGUUUUAAGCUUAAAAGUAUCUAAAAGCCAUUUUUGCAUAAGAAUAUUUUUAAAAUAUCCAAAUAUAAAUAUACUUUGUGUGUAUUGAAUAACGUACGUUUUUAAACCAUUCGUACUAAGUCCAUGGACGUAUGGAUCAGGUCGAAACCAAAUCCAAUGUCCAUUGGAUGUCAUGUGCUGUCUGGGUAUAUAAUGCAUGCAAAUUGUAACAUUGAAUUUAUUAACACGUGCAAUAACAAAUACUUUAAUCGAGCAGUA